UUCCACGCGGAGAUGACGUGUCUGACGUCACGGACCCGUAUUAUACGCGUGUAUACGGCAUUCGAACUGAAAAUAUAUAGGUCGUUAAGUUACUCCUGAAUAGUGAUUUUUGUUGAACUCAGUGGAUUGAUACAGUGUGUUAUUUAUCAAUUUGUUUAAGUGAAACUGAUGUGAUGUGUGGUUUGUGCAGAUCAUAGCGGAUUUGAUUUGUGCGUAGAACGAACUAUGGCACGAUUGCAGAGUGCAAAUGAACGUACGGCGCUCCGGGCUCGCACAGUGGGCUGCAGGCUGAGUGCGUCUUGGACAUCGUCCAAUCCCGUAAUUGUAUGAGAUCCGCUGGGUGCGGUCGUGAAGAUGACGCGGGAGACGGGAUUGCUGGUGCUCGUGUGGAUCGCACUGUUCCCGCUGCAUCGAGCUGAUAAUUUAGAACUGCUGCUCGGCACACUACGGACGCACCAGAAAGCGGCUUGCGACGAGGAGAUGGUGGCGCUGGUCUGCCCGCGAGGCACCACCAUCAGCAUCCAGGUGGCUCAGUACGGCGCGUCGGCGAGCCACGGCCACUCCUGCGCAACCGAGCUGGCGGAGUACCAGCAGGUCGCGGUAGAGGUCGUUGGAGACACGUCUUGCACUUGGCCUAGUGCUUUGCAGUACUCGUUGUUGCAGACGGUGGUGGAGGCGUGCCAGAAGAAGCGCCAGUGCAAGUUCCACACCAGCCCCAAGGCGUUCGGAGUAGACCCCUGCCCCGGGUCGAGGAAGUUUGUGGAAGUCGCCUACAAAUGCCGUCCUUAUGAGUUUCGCAGUAAAGUGGGCUGCGAGAACGACGUGCUACACCUCAGCUGCAACCCUCACUCGAGGGUGGCCAUCUACUCGGCGCAGUACGGCAGAACCGAGUACGACUCCAUACAGUGCCCGCAACCGCGCGGCAUGAAGGAGGAAACAUGCCUGGAGCCCUACGCGACGGAGACAGCCAUGCGCGAGUGCCACGGCAAGCGGCGCUGCGUGCUGUCCGCCGACGCCAACAUGUUCGGACGGCCCUGCAAGUCCGGUUCACGGACCUAUUUGAAGGUCGUCUACACUUGCGUGCCGCGGACAGUGCUGAAAGAGAGGUUCGAGAGUGCCCCGGAAGAGGACGAGGCGGCCCACGACGUCUCUGAACUAGAACACGACGACCUGGAUGAGUCAAACGACCGGUGGUGGGGCGAGUCGGGCGGCCCGCCCGCCCCCGCCGUGGUGGUGCCGCCCCAGAGGCCUUCCGUGUCUACCGUCAUCAACGUGACCAGCAUCAGCCGGGACGACCCCCCCGCAUCCCCGCCGAGACAUCACCUGGCUGAUAACGAAGACCAGUUCGACAUGAUGUACAUCUACAUCAUCGCCGGCGCGGCCGUGGCGCUGCUGCUCUGUGUGGCUGUGGGGGUCGUGCGCUGCGUCAUCCACAAGCAGAGCACAGACCAGCCCAAAGGCCCCGACGUGUCCGCCACCACGGAGAUCCCUAACGGCUUCAACGACAGCAUAUCCGAGGUGGACAACGACAUCAACAUCACCAGCCUGUCCGGCCCCGUGGACACCGUCGACUCUGCCCUCAAGCCGGACGCCAUGCAGUUCACCGACGUCGCUUUGAGCCCCAAAAUAAACAGAUACGUGGGACGCCCCGUGCCCAACACGUACCCGCACGUGAGCACCAACAUGUACGGGCAAGUGGCCGAGUUCCCGCUCGAGAUGCCUCUCCGGACGAUGCCUCACGGCACGCUAGGCCGCGGCGUCGCGGUUAAAACACUCCCCCGAGUGCAAGUGCAAACAGAAACCGACCCUAACACAAGGAGCUUAUAUCGAUACUCCAACGCCCAGUACUACUUCGGGUGACAAGAAGACCCGGGCCAGUGCGCGGACGUCUCCAGGACUUAUUGUUUCUAGUUGUGUAGUGAAGUGACUCCACGGUGUAGUGCAGAUUCGUUUAGUGAAGUUCGAACGGUACUCUUUGUUCUAUUUUAAAAUAUGGAAACUGUGAUAUUAAUUGAAAGCCCUCUUAUUGUGUGAACUCCAGAGUCUAACAUGUUGUGAGAGUAUUUCGUUGAACUAUAGAAUUUUAAUUUCAGUUGGAAAUUUCACAAUUUAUAAUGUUUACAAACAAAUGACUGAUGACGGUCAUCAUGAUUGAGCCUUUUCAACUUCACCUUGUAAAAAUACAAAAUGUACAGAAUCUUUUUAUGUGAAGCAUUAAUUUAAUUAAAUAAUAAUUAUUAUACCAACAUCAAAAA